UCUGCUUCGUUGCCAGUCAAUGGGAGCGGGGACAGCAUGCUCCGGCUGCCGCAGAUGGAGUACAGUGGUAGCUGAGGUGUCGACAAGACGUACCAUGGAUAAUGCUUAUUCUAAUGAUGUAGAGGAGUCAUACGAGUCUGACCAUGCGUGGUUGGAUCCGGAAGAAAGAGAUGAGAAAAGCGACAGGAACAACAGAGGCACACCGACAAGAACUUUUAUUUGGGUAUUCAAGUUGGUGAUGGAACUAAGGAAGGUCAACCGAGUUAUCGGUCACCUCAAGCAACGCCUCACUUGUGCUAAAGGUCGUAUUAAGCAACACGAGGCAAAGUUGAGGGGAUUUCUGUCCAAGUUGGGACAGUUAGACUCGGAUGUUUACGAUCUUCAGGACCCAGAUGAUGUUCACCUUCUGCAUAAGAACUGGAAGGCUCUGUACGACGAGAUUCAGGCGUGGUUGGGGGGACCCGAGGCAGCUAUGACCAGCGACUCAAGUGAUGCAGAAUCAGAAUCUGACACAGAAUCAGAAUCUGUAGCAGAAUCAGAAUCUGAGAUUGACAACUCAUUGAACUCAUCAUUGCAUUUGACAUUGUAUCAGAAAUUGUAUCGGAAAUUAAUCCACGUAAAGCGUGAGGCCUUUUCCAGAUUAUUUCAUAUUAUCUAGUCUUAUCUUGAAACUAUAGGGGUUUCUCAGUUUAUAGUAAUUGCUGUUGAAUAUCAGCAAGUAAGUCAUGACAGUCAUCACGAACUCAAGUGACAGUCAUAUAGACUUAACAUUUUAUACAUGUCUGUAUACUAUAAAUGCAUACUUGUUUGUAUAUACUAUAAAUGCAUCUAAAUAGAGCAAGGAGGCAAAUUUCAACUACAUGUUGACAUAUGGUAACCUCUGCAUUGAAGGUACAGGACAGCAUAUGCACGUGAAAAAGUGUUUGGACAUUAGAAAUUAAGCAGAUCUUUCGGUGGCCACAAAGACAGUAUCAAAUUGACCAGGCAGUAUUCAUUUAUCAGAUACAUUGGCCACCGAACGAUCUCCUUGGAGAUUAAUUAGAAAUUGCCUUACAUAUCAUGGUUGAACGCUUUAGAAAAUGUUUGUGAUACUUGUAGAAUAUUGUGUGGUGUGAAUGCGUGUAU